AUGAGGGGUCUUGACCAGGACAUGAAACACCACAGGUCCGUAUAUAUGUCUAGGAAAGGGAGUGGAGUUACUAAUUCUUUUGCUUAUAACGUGUAUGGGUUUGUACUAGCGCUACAAGUGUGGAGCUAUGAGAUCAUUCAAAACUUGGUCCCUAAAUUCGCCACAAGGAAAGACGUUGAUGGCCCUUUUCGCCUAAGGAUACUGUUGUAUCAAUCCAAAAGGAAGAAUACAUUUCAGGAGGUACAAUCUGCCUUUAACAGCGCUGUGUUUUCUAAGAUGAAAGAGUCCUCCAAGGAGACGAGUUUGUACAGUGGGGAGGAUUUUGAACACAUUAACAAUUCAUUCGAUGAUUUCAAAGCAGCCAUCAAGCGUCGUAGCCUACGUAACAUGAGUCCCCCAUCCACAACUUCAACACCUCCAUCAUCACCUGCACGUGAACCGGCACCGGCAUCUCAUGUUCAGAUAAAGGAUGCCGAAGUGAUAAAGAAGGAUGUCGAAGAGAUAAAGAAAGAUGUCAAAGAGAUCAAGAGAGACACAAGAGACAUCAAAUUGAAUCAACAAAACUACUUUACGAGGUUUGAAAAGAUGAUUCUCAGUCUAAGCAACCAGUUCGCCAGCCAUGUCACCAACCAGAAAAAGAUUGAGAAUGAGAAUGUUGAGGAUGAGAAUGUUGUCGAGAACGUUAUUCAUGAGGCUGUUGUCGAGAAUGAGAAUGUUGUCGAGAAAGAGACCGUUGUGGAGAAUGAGAAAGAAGAAGUGGGGAAGAAGGUUGGGAAGAAGAAAGACGAAAAUGACGAAGAUGAACUGGAAAUAGUGAAUACUCCUCCUCCUCUUCCUAAGAAAGUCAUAUUGGUCACGAGAAGGAAUAGGAGGCCGAAGAAUGAACAAGAUUUCACCGACCCCAAUCUGAAACAGCCCAAGUUAAAAGAUCCUAUCACCGUCAAUCCACUUCUAAAAUAUGACGAUCAACUUCUUCAUCAAUUGCAAACAUGGCUUAAAGAUCCAAAAACUGACAACACAAAAAUUGAGCUCCAUACAAUAUUAGGUGAUAAGGCAUUAUUUCGCCGAAUGCUAAAAAGGUUCACCUGGCUGACUGAUGAUGAAAUCGAUGCAGGUUGCUUCAUUCUGAGAAGAAGAGCUUGGGUAUAUCCAAAGACAUAUAAGAAGAACUUCUUUAUUGGAGAUUGUUGGCUCCACACCAGGUUCACUGCUGAGUACCCUGCGUUUAAGAAAAGUCGUAUUGAGUUUGACAUUGAAAACUUUUUCGAAUACUUCUUGGGCGAUGAAAGCAACUAUAGGAAUAGUUGGAAAGUAUGCGAUGAUAUAUAUAUUCCUUUGAACAUCAAAGACGUCCACUGGAUACUUUGUGUUGUCCGUCUACAGCAAUGGCGCGUAGACGUAUAUGACUGCGAUCCUGGAUGUUAUGCUAAUCUUGAUGAGUUUGUGCUACCGAUGUGCCAAAUGAUUCCGGUUAUAUUUGACAAGGCAUUGCCUCUUGAAGAUAAACAAAGAUUUCCUCUGCUCAACCCUGAUUCCGUUUUGCCAUACACAAGACUUCCAGAGUCAGAAGUUCCCAAAGCAACUAAGAGUGGAGAUUGUGGUGUAUUUGUACUAAUGUAUAUUGAGUACUUGACUGCAGGUCUGAAUCUAGCAGAAGUGACCUCAAAUGAGAUGAAAGCUUGGAGAGAAAAGUGGGCAGUGAGGUUAUUUCAUGGACUUGUAGAUCCAUAG